AUGGCGACUGCGCGUUACUCACUGCGCUCGGCUGGCCGCGCCAACAAACAAGCAUCAUCCAAAAUGGCAGCUUCACAGUCGACUACACCGAGCAGAAAGUCGAAGAAGCGACAGACGCGGCUCAAGAACAAGAUGGACCAACCGGUGCCGGGCAUGGAACGCUCCGUCAUCAUCAAAGCCGAUCACACGAAGACGGGCUUCUCAGAUCUCCCCGGUGAAGUCCGAAAUCGCAUUUACCGGCUGGCUCUGUCCCUCACAGACCGCGGUCCCAUCCCAGGCUCCGAAGACUUCGAGCACUGUCGUUAUACGAGGAACGAUGGCGAUGAAGAAAUCAUGAACACAACAAACGCCACCUUCUCUGACCGUUAUACAAGGACUCAGAGUGACGAGGAAUCAUUCAGAGCGGAAGAUUCUCAUUUCCCCCCAGUCAGCCCAAUCCCCUUUCCCCUGGCAUCUGAUCCAACAGUGUAUCAAGAUCUCGCGCUCGGCCUCUUACGGACAUGCAAAGCGAUACACAGAGAGACGAUUGGCAUCUUCUACCACGAGAACACCUUCCGUAUAGACCUGAUCCAUCAAAAAUCGCUGCGGCCGAACAAGAGAGCGGAAGCAUUCGACGAGCAGGGCAGGCCGGGGCUCCGCCGUGCUUUGAAACAGAUCUCUGCUCAAAAUUUGGCGAGAAUCCAAGCCUACGUGUUUGUGUACAAUUUUCACCGACCUGGUCACGCAUGCGGCAAAGGAUUCGACCCGUUUGCAAAGCCCUUAGAGACUACCAGCCUGACUUUCACAAAGCCGGCGCCACACUAUCGGGUGACUUUGCUGGAAUUCGAGGUCGGCUGGGAUGGUGGCUUUUCAGCGGAAGCGUUUUUCCAUGUCGACUAUGAUAGUGGAUGUUUCUCCGAUCAUCCGACGAAGAUCAUUGAGAAUAUGCUUCGCUCACUCAGCCUCCACAGCAUGGGCAGCAUGCACAUAUUAUCGAUCGCAGACUGUAUAAAGCAGCACAGCCAAGAUCUGUUCAACAUGAACCGGUAA